UCCCCCCAGGCUCGUCGUCGUCAUCCCAGCGGACGCCCGCACUGGUUUUUUUGUUGGUUAGCAGCGUAACCAUCCACUCAUGCAUCCGCUCACCGCCCCCCAACUCGUGCUCCACUCUAGUUUUUCAAUCCACCGCUCUCUCGCACAUCCUCUCCCCCCGUCCCUCCACCCGCCUGGCCGCCUACGCUUCCAGAAGCUUCUAGAAGGAAGGAGGUUGCUGCUCAUGACCGUCUGAUCGGCCGUCGCCAUGGGCUGCGCUGGAUCCACCCCUAAAACUGACGAUAACACUAACAGUAAGAAGCUGAAAAAAACAAAGCCUUGGAAGCACACCCAAGCAAUAACACCAGCACAGCUCAAACAGAUGCGUGAUGAAUUUUGGGACACUGCUCCUCACUAUGGUGGACAAAAAGAGAUUUGGGACGCACUUCGAGCUGCUGCAGAAACUGAUUUAGCGCUUGCACAAACCAUAGUGGACAGUGCUGGCAUCAUCGUAUCAAAUUCUGACAUGACACUUUGCUAUGAUGAAAGAGGUGCCAAAUAUGAACUGCCGAAAUAUGUUCUAAGCGAGCCGGCAAAUUUGAUCAGGGAGGGUUAAAGCUGUAGAAUAUAAAAAUGGAUCCAAGUAAAUUAUGUAAAUCACAUUUGUUCACUGACAUCAAUCUUGACCUGGUCAAAACUUCAAUAAAGUUACCAUUUGCUAAA